UUUAUAAGCAUGAAUUAGCCCUUGAAGAGCAGUGGGAAGGCAUGACUAAGCAGAAUUUGUUUAUAAAAUAAGAUGAACAGUUAUUUUCACUUUAGUGAGUCGAUAAGCAUUUUUUAGUUUGAGUUUCGAAUGUUUGCACAGCUUUCUGUUAUACCCUUAUAUGAAAAAUUGUGCACCUUAGUUUGCAUUUGAUCUCCCUGUUGAAUCCCAAUUGCUUACAGAGUGACUUCUGCAAUUGUUUAUAACUUAGAAAAAAUUAAGGAAUCUGAAUUUGGUAACUACCCCAGCUUGGAGAACAAAAAAUUUGCAAACUGGUUAUGGUACUUAGAUAAAAUGGCAGGGAAAGGUCCUAAAGCAUGUAAUAUGUUAGUUCAUCUGGGUGCCUCGUAAUUUGUUUAAUGAAGGUCAAUCUUCCAGUGCACCCAAAUGAAGUGUUUCCAUUGCAUUUUAUUGGUGGUCUAAAUAGGAGUAACAUGUGCAGCACAUCAAACAAGAAGUUCAGUUUACUGAUCGUUUGUCUUCCUUCAUCUUCAGAGAUGAUUAAUCUUACAAGCCACGUUUGUUGGAAUCUUGUCAAGGAGGGGUAUAUUGCAAUUUGGCAGAAGCCCUUGAACAACAGUUGCUACUUAAGUCGUGAGGCAGGAACGCGACCUCCGCUGUGUGAUUCAGAUGAUGAUCCAGACAGUGUUUGGGAUCAUUCAAAUUUUGUCAGUUGUGUACAGUUUUGUACAGAUGGUAGCAAGUUCAUUACGGUAAGCUCUGAUAAGAAAGGUAUACUAUAUGAUGCGAAAACUGGAGAGAAAAUUGGAGAGCUGUCCUUAGAGGAUGGUCAUAAAGGCAGCAUUUACGCUAUUAGCUGGAGCCCUGAUGGUAAACAGCUAGCAGAAGCAGCAAAAACACAAUUUUCACGUGAUUACAGUGAUAACCUUGCUCUUGUUCGGGCUUAUGAGGCCUGGAAAGAAGUUGAAAGAGACGUAGUUGGAUAUGAAUACUAUUGGAAGAAUUUUCUUUCUGCUCAAUCAAUGAAAGCUAUUGAUGCUCUGUGAAGGGAGUUCU